AUGCCUUAGGCGCCAUCGCUUUAUUUAACCCUCCCGUUAUUCACAGCCACAGCGCUUGCUUGCCUUCCCCUUUUCAUCAGCACAGCCAGUAUGUAAACACAGUGCGCACGUGUUGCGCAGCUAGACAUUGGAACAUUCGAAACGGAGACGCAGGUCGGGGGUAUUGAGUGUGAAGAUCAGGCUGAUAACCCUAUAGAACUACAAGUUUUAAGUGGCGAGAGUUACGCCGUGCAACGUGGGGUGUCAAUGUGAUUGGCCAAAAAUAGGUAGUGCUCUGGGCUUCGAAAGCCAAUCAUCUUCGAAAACCGGAAAAUGACCACUGAAACGGUUGCGGAUAAUUCCGUCGGUAGCGGCGAUGACGGCGAUAAAACUGUAGCGGUCGGCGAGCGUAAAACCCUUUUCGUAAAGAAUCUUCCAGAGAAUGCAACGAAGGAACAGUUGGAUCUCGUAUUUUCUGAAGUAGGCAGACUUCGCCACUGUUUUGUAGUAAAGAAACGUCGGACCGAUAAAUUUCGUGGGAUAGGUUUUGUGACGUUUACGGACGCGCCAUCGGUGGAUGCAGCGCUCAGAAGAAGUUUCAAGUUGGGCAACUGCCAGCUUGAAGUCAGCAUAGCUGAAGAUAAAAAGAAGAAAGACCCAGCCGCGAGGCCUAAACCAAAUAUUAGUUUUACAAAAGAAGCUAAAAAGGCUAGACAACUUCAAAAAGCGAAAUUAAUCGUACGAAACCUGUCCUUCAAAGCGACUGAAACGGACCUUGAACAAAACUUUUGCAAAUACGGAAAGGUGGUAAGCGUGGCUAUACCCAGAAAGGAAGAUGGGAAGGCGCGUGGUUUUGCUUUCAUUCAGUUUGGCAACGUGCUCGAUGCAGCUAAAGCGGUUCAGGCACUUAACGCCAAAACCAUUUUGGGAAGACCUGUAGCUGUGGAUUUUGCCGUUGCUAAAGGAAAAUUUGAAGAAGUUCGCAACGCCAGUAAAAAAGGAGAAGAGUCCGUGAAAAAAAGCUCUAGAAAAUCAUCGAAAAAAGAUAGUAAAGAUUCUAGCGAUGAGAAAGAGUAUCAAGAGAAUACCAGAAACGAAGAGCAGGCGAUUAAAAAGUCCAGCAGAAAAACCCAAAUGGCAAACGGCACGAAGCAAGCCAGCCAUAACGGAUCCGAUAGUUACGGUCAAGCCGAGUUCUCCCAUGAUGAGAGUAGCCCGGAAAAUAGCGGCGAGGGCUCAUACAAUGGUGAUAAAAAGUUAAAUGACGAUUCCACGGCAACGCCCAAGGGCAAACCCAUUGUAAAGAAGAAAAACGACCAAGAGAUUAACGAAGAUGACGAUGAAGAUGAGAAUGACGAUGUCGAUAUCAGCCAUGAGGCGGAAAGUGAGUCUGAAGUGGAGUUUGGCAGCGACGGGGAGGUGAGACUUGUUAAGUCAGAUCAAGUGAAGGAUAAGAGCCGGACACUUAAGCGGACCAACCCUAAACGAGCUGCAGUUACUUUAAGCAAAAAUAAAAAGGAAAGGAUAGGAAAAGACACUGCAUCUUCGGAUAAUGAAGAAGAUUCAGAUAAUGAUGAUGAGGACCAAAUGGACGUCUCCAAAAACUCCGACGAUAGCGACGAUGAGGCUGAAGAUGAUGAGUUUGAUGAAACAAAAGCUAUGGAAGUAGAUGAGGAUGAGACCAAUAGCGAUGAUACUGACAAAAAGGAAAAGCCGCAGGAGAAAACAAAAGAAGCCAGAGUAGUAAAGGCUGAACAGCGAAAACUAACACACGAUAAAGGCAGUAAGGGACAGGAUAGAGCUGAAAGGCAACGACACGAGAACGAAGAUGACUCCGAUUCGGAUUGGGGUCUCGCUCUGAACGACGAUAGUAGCGAAAAUGAUGAUGAAAGCACAGAUGAAGAUCGUGAGAAAGCAAAACGGAAACGUGAAAUGAUACAAAAGGAAGACCUUCGACGGACCGUAUUUGUCAGGAAUAUUCACUUCGAUACUACCCAGACGACAUUCCAGGAGCAUAUGAAGAAAUUUGGCCCAUACAAGUUUUGCCUGAUAUGCACAGAUAAGGUGCUACAGCGAUCUAAGGGAACAGGCUUUGUUAAGUUUAACGAGCGCGCAGAUGCAGAUAAAUGUGUCGAAAGUCUUCAGGCAGGCGAGGUCACACUCGAUGGCAAGGUACUGACAGGUUCAAUUGCCAUGAAACGUGAGGAGCUACAACAGGAAAUUGAGAAAAAAGCGAAUUCAAAGAAGCAGCCUAAGGACAAACGAAAUUUGUAUCUUGCUAGGGAAGGCUUUAUCAGAGGAGGUACUUCAACUGGAGCUCAUGUCUCUGAUCACGACCUAAAGAUGCGUGCCAAACUUGAGGUUAACAAGAAAAAAGCUCUGAAGAAUCUCCACAACUUUGUGUCGACCACUAGGUUGUGCAUACACAACUUGCCGCCCUCGUGCGACGAUAAGCAACUUCGGAAAAUAUUUGGUAGAGUUGUGAAUAAAGCGGCAAAGAUUACUGAGGCCCGCGUCAUGCGUAACAUGAAAAGGUUAAGUAACGAUGGGAAAGCCGUGUCGAAAGGUUUUGGAUUUGUCAACUUUGAAAAGCACGAGGAUGCUCUUGCAGCUCUGCGAGCAGUCAACAAUAAUCCAAACGUUUUCACUGAUCAGAUGCGACCUAUUGUGUCAUUUUCUAUCGAGAACCGAGCCGCCUUGAUGGUCAAAGAGAGAAGAUUAAAGAGGUCACAAGAAAAACUCCGGGAAAUCCAUCAGAUGAAGCGUGGAGGGCAAGAUGCGGCAGAAGGUGCCAAUGUUGAUUAUGGUAAAGGUAAAAGGUUACCGUUUGAGGGACUUCGUGCCCAAGUUGACAUGAAGCAGUUACCAAAGCGGGUCAGUGAAAAGAUUCGUCUAGAUCCGAAACGCCGGCAGCAUCAAAUGCGAUUAAAAAGGUUGGCUCGUCUGGCCAAACGAAAGCCGGAAUUCAGGAAGAAAAAGGAGAAGAAACUUCGAGGUCCGACGAAGGCUCAACUUAAGGAGCAACGUGCCGAAAGAAACCUUAAUCAGAUUAUUGAAUCCCAUAGACAAAAGAUGCGACGGCAAGUUAUAACAGAUUAGAAAGUCUUGUAAUAAAAUGGUAUCUUUUAAUGUUGUUGCUGUGCUGUAUGUAACUUGUGUGCACGAUCUAGACUGCCGAAAUCUCUCGAUUAGUUAAAGUCAACAGCAGUCCAGCUAAAAAAAUUCUGAUAUUGACAUGGUUAUGCAACGUAGGAACUGGUAACGUUUGGAUUGUGAUUAUAAGUAUUUUUUUGAUAAUCUUGAAGUAUCUAAUAUGUACCAGAUUGACCAAAACCGUGAAGAACUGUGUAUAUGAACAAUGGAUGUGAGAUUCGACGGGUGCCACCAGCAUUUUCAGCACUAGAGAACUAGUUCAUACAUAUGUAGUAUUUUACUGGUAAAAAGGAAUAGAUCAAGUGGGGCGCACAUAGUGUGAAUAUGUAAAAUCUUUAUGAAAUCUAACACAGGAAGGGCCAGAGUUGGCUAACCGAUAACCGUAAAUGAGAUGUCAGCCACAGCUCCGCUGAGUAUAUUUAAUUUUAAAAUCGCUAGCUUCAGUAGUCGGCAUAGUUGAAUAGGAACCUUUAUGAAACAGUAAAUACCUCGUACACGAUCGUUGCGUUUAAGCGAUCUGCGCUUACAAAAUAGAUGCAGUUUCCGUUUAGGUAGAUUAAUAAGAAUCUAUAUUUGAAUUUAUAAUGUUUGUUUGUUUGUUUUUCUCCAGAUUGCCCGCUUAACUAGGCUGCUCGUAUACAGCUGCUUACCUAAGCCAAAAUAUCUGUCUUUACGCAGGCUUUUCUUCUGCACUUAACCGGAAUCUUCAAAAAUUGUUUUCAAGUAAUAUCGUCUGCUAUUGUGCAACGCGGCAUGGCCUGAGGGCCACUUCUCAGGCAGCUUUGUUCUCGUAUAAAAAGUUACAGUACAACUGAUUACUUUGAUUGACGCAAUCAUGUUAAUCAGUAAACAUCCCCUGCUCUAUAUAUAUAAACAGAGCAGUUCUAUUGGAUUUCCCAUUCUAGUAAUCAAUUGUUCCGAUUCGUAUUUCGCCCCGGAUGAAUGCUUUGCAUACACCUAAGUACACCUUAUCUACUUGUCUAUAGACGAUUUGCAAAGAGAAUAAACGAUGAUAAUUAAUUUUGAUGAAUAUGUUAGUCAGAAAGUACUUUU